GUAAAAAAAUGGAGUGUUCCAGUGAGUAGUGAAGAACCGUAGUAAUCGCUAAUCGAUAAAGAAAGUGUCGGUGUGUCUUACUAGUAUAUGAGUGGACGCGGUUUGACUUUGACUUGAGGAACCCGACUGGGCCAACUUUCUGUCUCGAUGUGGUCAAAGUGGUCUGGGCUUUACUGGGCCACUUACUACUAACCCACCUAAAUUAAAUAUUUUAUAUUAUAGAUUUUGUUUUGUUGUUAAUCUCGUUUUGUGUUUUGUUUUCGUUCUUGUGAUACAUCUAAUCAUUUAAUUUAAGGUAAAAUAUUGGAAAAAAAUAAUCGAGUUGUUGUUAGUGAGAGUACAAAAAGAGACCAGUCACAUGAGAAAUAUAAGGGAGAAUCCAAUGCGCUGCGUCGGAUGAUAUAUUCUUCCAUGUUCCUCGUCAUGAUAAGCUUUAGAAUCUCCAAAGGAUCUCAUUCCGUAAUUAUUAUGUAAUUUCAUAGUCUUAAAGUAUGAUGUUCCUCACUUAUUAUAACCUGAUGCUGAUAGUUAUUGAUUGUAUGUGAGAUUCCUUUCUAACUCUAUUCAUUUUUUCACAAAUAAAGAGACGUAAAUUGAUUAGGAGCCGAAUAAAUGCAUUAUGUGAUGAAUUUAGAAAAGCACUACCAACCGCAGCGGCAAGGUUUCGGCAAAUCUAUACUAUACUAAAAGGGAGAUAAUCUCCACUUCUAGCCUGUCCACGUCAGCAAAAAUAAUCCUCCAAUCAAAACAUUUCAUUUUACAUGUCACCCUCGAAAUUGGUUUUAUUUUGGGUUUUUUCUUAACAAUUUAAACAGCCCAUUAAGCCCAAAAUGCCUCCCUUACGCUCCCCUCAAAUGCCGAACCUGCGUCUCUGUCCUCAACGCCUUUGCUCGCGUCGAUUUCGCCGCCAAGAUCUGGAUCUGCCCUUUCUGCUUCCAGCGGAACCCUUUCCCUCCUCACUACCACAUGAUCUCCGAGACCAAUCUCCCCGGCGAGCUUUGCCCUCUGUACACCACCGUUGAAUAUGCGCUUCCUUCCACUGUCGGCCAAGACGCCUCCUCCUGUGUUCGUGUUUGUUCUCGAUACGUGUAUGAUCGAGGAGGAGUUGGGGUUCGCUAAAUCUGCACUUAAGCAGGCGAUUGGGUUGCUUCCGGAGAAUGUUUUGGUGGGGUUUGUCUUUUGGGACGCAGGCUCAUGUUCAUGAGUUGGGAUUCUCGGAGAUGUCUAAAGUUUUUGUCUUUAAAGGGAAUAAAGAAGUGUCUAAGGAUCAGGUUUUGGAUCAGUUGGGGCUUUCCUCGAGGAGAGCUCCCACUUCUGGGUUUCCCAAAGGAGCGCAAAAUGGGUUCCAGAGUGCUGCUGGUGUCAACAGGUUCUUUCUGCAUGCCUCGGAUUGUGAAUACACACUGGACUUGUUCCUCCUCAGCUACUCUCAAUUAUGACGGCAUGAAGAAGAUUGACUCAGUGACACUAUCUGAGUUGAAUUUUCAUGACCUUAGUUCACCACCCAAGACUGUCGAGUUCCUAUGUACUAGGGAUGUUGGCAGUAUUGAAACAGCAAAUGGAUGGUGCUGUGUCUCCUGCUCCAAGUUCUCAUCCUGCACGUGUGCGCCCUGCCAUGAUGAAAAUGCGGUUGGAGUUGCAAGGUACCGGGUAGAGAUGUUAGUUACUGAUGUAUCUGACACUGCCAUGUUGACCAGUGGUCCUGCUGUAGCAGCAUCCAUGAUAACAUAGCUGAAACCUGAACAAGUUGACCAGUGGUCUUGCUGCAGCAGUUUCAGCGUCCAUGGUAACAUAGCUGAUACCGUAAGUGUUGAGUUAUUGUUUCUUAAUUUAAAACCUCCUCCUCUGUAAUGUCUUUCAUCAUAUAAAGUCCUGAGAGCCUAGGAGGGCAGACCCACAUAACUAGCCCCUUCCACAAUGCUUCAUAGAUAUUGUGGGGAGGACCAUUACAUUCCAGCUUAAGCUUUCACAUUAAAAAUUCACAUCAAAGCAUCAGUCUUUCACCAUAGCUCGCAUAUUUGAUCGUAAGUCGUAACCAACGUCCCUCCCCCCCUCCCCACCCCCCCCCCCUCUCCUAAUUUUACUGUCUAGGUUUGCUGUCUCACUUUAAAAGCUAUCUUACUCUAUUACAUUUCUAAUUGCUCUAUUCACUAACACCUCCACAUGGUGUUGAUGACAAUCUGUGAUGAGAGGAGUUGUGAAAAAUGUCUCGCAGCAGGUGGACAGAUUGGUGUUCCUGUUAAUAGCCCAUAAGUGCGUAACAAUGGCAUUGUUGUAGGCCAUCGUGGAGAGGUUCCACAAUUGAGUGAUCUCCCGGUUGUGACUGACCCAACUUCUGAGGAGUCUCAAGCUGAUGAAGAUGGACGUUGGGCAUGCAUUGUUAAACUUGCGAGCUGACGUGUACAUGUCAUUGUUGUCUACUUCAGACGUAUCUCUACUAUCAAGUUUUUCUUAAAUUUCAUUUUCGACAUUAAUAAGUCAUACUUGAAUGCAUUGUCCUGUUUUAAAAGAUGAAUUUGUUUGUUUAAAAUUGACUUACCCAACAAGUAGUCUAUGCAUAUUUACUUUUAAAAUGUUUCUGAAUGGAAUAAAAUUAGUGCUUAUCAUA